CCGUAUAAAAGCGCGGCCGCCUCCCCGCCCGCCCUCACUCCCUGCCGCCUGCGGAGCCGCCGCCGAGCGGCCCUUCCUUCUCCCCUCAGCGCCCCGGAGCCGCGGGGCGGAGCGGGGGGCACGAUGGCCACCGUGGUGGUGGAAGCGGACUCGGAGCCCUCCUGCAGCCUCCCGAACCCCGCCGCCCCCUCGCCCAGCCUGUCGCACCGCUUCCUGGACAGCAAGUUCUACCUGCUGGUGGUCAUCGGCGAGCUGGUGACAGAGGAGCACCUGCGCCGCGCGAUCGCCAACAUCGAACGAGGAAUCCGAUCAUGGGACACAAACCUGAUUGAAUGCAACUUGGAUCAAGAAUUGAAACUUUUUGUUUCUCGCCAUUCAGCUCGAUUCUCUCCUGAAGUUCGAGGUCAGAAAAUUCUUCACCACAGAAGUGAUGUCUUAGAAACCGUAGUCCUGAUCAACCCCUCGGAUGAAGCAGUUAGUACCGAGGUGCGUUUGAUGAUUACAGAUGCUGCAAGACACAAGCUCCUUGUACUAACUGGACAGUGUUUUGAGAACACAGGAGAGCUCAUCCUUCAGUCAGGAUCCUUCUCCUUCCAGAACUUCAUUGAGAUCUUCACAGAUCAAGAGAUUGGUGAAUUACUGAGCACUACACACCCUGCCAACAAAGCCAGCUUAACUCUUUUCUGUCCCGAGGAAGGGGACUGGAAAAAUUCCAACCUUGACAGACACAACCUUCAAGACUUCAUUAACAUUAAGCUCAAUUCAUCUUCCAUAUUGCCUGAAAUGGAAGGACUUUCUGAAUUUACAGAAUACCUGUCAGAAUCAGUAGAAGUGCCAUCGCCCUUCGACAUUUUAGAGCCUCCAACCUCUGGAGGCUUCUUGAAACUCUCCAAACCCUGCUGCUACAUUUUCCCAGGUGGAAGAGGAGACUCUGCAUUAUUUGCAGUGAAUGGAUUCAAUAUGCUUAUCAAUGGAGGAUCUGAAAGAAAAUCCUGCUUUUGGAAACUUAUCCGACAUUUGGACAGAGUAGAUUCCAUUCUGCUCACUCAUAUUGGGGAUGAUAACCUGCCAGGAAUCAAUAGCAUGCUUCAGAGAAAGAUAGCUGAAUUAGAAGAGGAACAAUCUCAAGGGUCUACUACCAACAGUGACUGGAUGAAAAAUCUGAUCUCACCUGAUUUAGGAGUUGUAUUCCUUAAUGUACCUGAGAACUUGAAGAACAUGGAUCCAAGCUUCAGAGUUAAAAGAAGCGUGGAAGAAGCUUGUUUCACUCUCCAGUACUUAAAUAAAUUGUCUAUGAAACCCGAACCUCUCUUCAGAAAUGUAGGAAAUACAAUUGACCCAAUCAUUUUAUUUCAGAAGAUGGGAGUUGGCAAACUUGAGAUGUAUGUGCUCAAUCCUGUCAAAAGCAGCAAAGAGAUGCAAUAUUUUAUGCAUCAGUGGAGUGGUACUAGCAAAGACAAAGCUGAAUUUCUGCUACCAAAUGGCCAAGAACUAGACAUUCCAUUAUCCUAUUUCACUUCUGUCUCAUCCCUGAUUGUGUGGCAUCCAGCUAAUCCUGCAGAAAAGAUAAUCCGAGUUCUCUUUCCUGGGAACAGCACCCAAUAUAAUAUUCUGGAAGGACUAGAAAAACUCAAACACUUAGACUUCCUUAAACAGCCAAUGGUUACACAAAAAGAUCUGACUGGAAACGUCGCUGGUGUUUCACCUGCUGUGAAACAAGCAAAGCUGAAACAACGAACAGACAGCAAGGAGAGUCUGAAGCCAGCUGCAAAGACACCACCAAGCAAGACUGUCAGAAAAGAAUCUAAAGAAGAAACACUGGAGCCUGCAAAGCCUAGUCCAGCACUGGAAAAGCCACAGAAAUUAGAAAGCAAAGAAAAAACUCCAGUUAAAAAAGAGAAACCAGCAAAACCAGAAACCAAAACUAUUGUGGCAGAAAAAGAUGUAACCAGUAAGGAAGAGCAAUUAGGGAAAUCUGAAACUUCUGAAAAACAAGCUACAGAUGUAAAACCAAAAGUAACAAAGGAAAAGUCAGUGAAAAAGGAAGUCAAAGCAAAACCUGAAGAAAAGAAAGAGGAAAAAGAAAAACCAAAGAAAGAAGUUACUAAAAAAGAGGAGAAAACACCCAUCAAAAAAGAGGAAAAGCCCAAAAAAGAAGAUAUCAAGAAAGAAGUUAAAAAAGAGGUGAAAAAGGAAGAAAAAAAGGAAGCUAAGAAGGAAGUAAAGAAAGAAGCUCCACCAAAGGAAGCUAAAAAAGAAGUUAAAAAGGAAGAAAAGAAAGAAAUUAAGAAGGAAGAAAAGGAAGCUAAAAAGGAUAUCAAAAAGGUUCCUAAAGAAACAAAGAAGAUACCUGCUCCUUCAGCUGAAGCCAAAAAGCCAGCAGCAAAACCUAAACCACAAAAGAAGGAGGAACCUGCUAAAAAAGAAGUAGUACCUGCUGGAAAAGCAAAGGAAAAAGGAAAAAUUAAGACUGUGAAGAAGGAGAGCAAAGUCAGUGGAGCACAAACUGCCCUUGCAGCAGUUGGAGCUGCUGUGACAACUGUAGCAGCUGCAGAAAUUACAGCUAGUGGAAAAGAACUUGAAGCAGAAAGAUCCCUUAUGUCUUCACCAGAAGAUUUAACAAAAGAUUUUGAAGAAUUAAAAGCUGAAGAAGUGGAAACAAUAAAAGCAACAAGACCUCAGGUCGCACUCAUAGAGGAUGAACUAAAACUCACUGGCAAAGAACAUAAAGAGGCCUUUGAAGUACAAAAGGAAAAAUUAGAUAACGAAGGACCUGCAGAAUCCUCUGAUGAAGGCAUAACAACCACAGAGGCUGAGGGUGAGUGUGAACAGACGCCUGAAGAAUUGGAACCUGUAGAAAAGCACAGAGUUGAUGACAUUGAGAAGUUUGAAGAUGAGGGAACUGGCUUGGAAGAAUCAUCUGAAGCAGGAGAUUAUGAGGAAAAGGCAGAGACAGAAGAAGCUGAAGAACGAGGUGAAGAUGAGGAAGAAAAGACACCACUUGACACCACAAUACCAUACAUGGAAGAAGCAAGAAGAAUUCACGACUAUUCAGAAGAAAUAAUGGCUGAAGCAGAUGCUAAAAUGAAAGACGAAAAAUAUAUUGAAAAGGCAGAUUAUGAGACAUCAGAUGAACGGGCUGAGGAAGACAGGGAAGAAGCAGUAGAAAAGGCAGAAACUGAAGAGACUGAAGAAGAGGAGGAAGACAAAGCAGAAGAUGUCAGAGAUGAAGAGGAGACUGAAAAAAUAGAAGCUGAAGAAGAUUAUGUGAUGGCUGUGGUAGACAAAGCUGCAGAAGCUGGUGACGUUGAAGAUAAAUAUGGCCUGCUCAUAAUUACACCAACAAAGCGCUCAGAGCCUCAGUCUCCAGCAGUUGAACCAGCCUCCUCUAUCCACGAUGAAACAUUACCUGGUGGUUCAGAAAGUGAAGCCACUGUUUCUGAUGAAGAAAAUAGAGAAGAUCAACCUGAAGAAUUCACAGCUACUUCAGGUUAUACACAGUCUACCAUUGAAAUAUCUAGUGAACCAACUCCUAUGGAUGAAAUGUCUACACCCCGGGAUGUCAUGAGUGAUGAAACUAACAAUGAGGAAAGUGAAUCACCUUCUCAGGAGUAUGUGAACAUUACCAAGUAUGAAACGUCACUGUAUUCUCAAGAGUUUGGUAGACCUAAACUUUCUCCACUUCCAGAUGCUUUUAAUGGAUUAUCUGAAGGAUCCAAAACAGAGGCCACAGAAGGUAAAGACUACAAUGCCUCAGCUUCUACCAUCUCCCCACCUUCUUCAUUAGAAGAAGACAAGUUCUGCAAAUCUGCAUUCCAGGAUGUGUACCGGCAAAAAGAAAGUGAAACUGCCAAGUUAGAAAUCAAAGAAACCCAUCCAGAUGAUGUUGAUGUUACUGGAAAACUUAGUCCAGACAAGAGUCCAGCUGAUAGUUUGUCACCUCCAUCACCAGUUGCCAAAACACCACUGAGUGAACGUAGUGUGAACUUCUCUCUUACUCCCAAUGAGAUCAAGGUCUCAGCUGAGACUGCCUCCAUUACUGCACUGCCCAGUGUACACCAAGAAAUUGCUGAAGAGCACUGUGCAAGUCCUGAAGAUAAAACAUUAGAAGUAGCAUCUCCUUCACAGUCUGCUGCUGGUAGUGCUGGCCACACACCUUACUAUCAGUCUCCCACUGAUGAAAAAUCCAGUCAACUUCCCUCUGAAACAAGUGAAAAGUCAUCAGAAGCUCCAGUUAGUGUUGAAUUCAGUGAAGUCAAAGAUGAGUCCGCAAAACCUAGAAUAAGCCCUAUGGAUGAGCCCGUGCCAGAUUCAGAAUCUCCUAUUGAAAAGGUUCUCUCACCUCUACGGAGUCCCCCACUGAUAGGUUCAGAGACUUCUUAUGAUACAUUUUUGAGUGCUGACAUAAAAUCUCCUACCAGAGAUUAUGGAAGUCCUUCUGAAGAGAAACCUGAAAAGGAAAAAUCGCCUGUUCAGAUGAGCCCAUCUUCUGAAGCCAGUUCAGUGGGCCUUUUCCAAGAAAAACAAGAUGAGAAAAGCAUGGAGUUUAUGGUAAUUAAGGAAGGCUUCAGCCUAGAAAGAAAAAUGGAGGAUACAGAACCCAGCAGCUCUCAGUCUUCACUAGUCUUGGAUGAAAGGAAGCUGACUGGUGAUCUCUCACCUACUCAAAUAGAUAUCAGUCAAUUUGGUUCCCUGAAAGAAGACACCAAAAUGUCAAUAUCUGAAGGCACUGUUUCUGACAAGUCUGCAACUCCUGUUGAUGAGGUUGUAGCAGAAGAUACCUAUUCGCACAUUGAAGGAGUAGCUUCUGUCUCCACAGCAUCUGUUGCUACUAGCUCAUUUCCAGAACCGACCACUGAUGAUGUAUCCCCUUCUUUGCAUGCUGAGGUUGGAUCCCCUCACUCAACUGAAGUUGAUGAUUCCCUUUCAGUCUCUGUUGUACAAACACCAACAACAUUUCAGGAAACAGAAAUGUCUCCAUCUAAGGAGGAAUGCCCAAGGCCUAUGUCUAUUUCUCCACCAGAUUUCUCACCUAGGACAGCAAAAUCAAGAACCCCAGUGCAUGAUCACAGAUCUCCUGAACAGUCAACUAUGUCAGUAGAAUUUGGCCAGGAAUCCCCUGAGCAGUCUUUAGCAAUGGAUUUCAGUAGGCAGUCUCCUGAAUAUCCUACUGCAGGCACUGGUAUACACCAUAUAUCUGAAAAUGGACCGACUGAAGUAGAUUAUAGUCCUUCAGAUAUACAGGAGCCCACUUUUGCAAGGAAGAUUUCCCCUCUGGAGCAUACAUCUUACUCUCAGGAGAAGGAUAUUUCGGAAAUUAUUUCAGUUUCUCAAAUUGAAGCUUCAUCUUCAAGCUCAUCAGCUCAUACACCUUCCCAGGUAACUUCACCACUGCCAGAGGAAACCUUUUCAGGUGCUGUUCCACCCAGAGAUAUCUCACUUCACUCUUUUACCUCAGAAAAGGUUCACAGCCUAGGAGAAAAGCUGUCACCAAAGUCUGACUUAUCUCCAUUAACUCCAAGAGAAUCUUCUCCUCUAUACUCUCCUACUUUUCCAGAUUCACCUCCUGCAGUCACAGAAGCAGUGUCAGCUAGUCACGCAUCUCCACUGUCGCUGCAAGUGUCCUCUGAUAAAGUGUUUGGUUACCAGGCUGUCACAUUACAAGAAACCCUUACAAAGCACAGCCCAGAACCUUUAUUCAGCCCAGAAAAAGAAGAUUCAGAGAAGAGCAGCAGAUCACCAGAGGAACUUAGUUAUUCUUACGAGGCCACAGAGAAAACCACUAGGUCACCAGAGGAUAUUAGCUACUCCUAUGAGGCAGUUGGACGAUCUACUAGAUCACCUCAGGCCACAGAUUAUUCAUAUGAGACAACAGGAAAAAUUACAAGGUCACCUGAGGCCACAGAUUAUUCCUACGAGAUGAGAGGGAAAAUCACCAGGUCACCAGAGGCCACAGAUUAUUCCUAUGACUUGACACAAAAGACCACUGUGUCAUCUGGGGAUACAGAUUACUCCUAUGAGAUGACACAAAAGACCACCAGGUCACCUGGAGAUACAGAGUUUUCCUACGAGAUGACAAGGAAAGCAACCAGGUCACCUGAUGAUACUGAUUAUUCCCAUGACAUAAUUGGGAAGACUACCAAAUCACUCGAUGUCACAGAUUAUUCGUAUGAGAGAAUUGGGAAAGGUACCCAAUCACUUGAUGCUAUGGAUAGUUCAUAUGAGACAAUGGAGAAAACCACUGAGUCACCAGAAGCCAUUAGCUACUGCUAUGAUACAAGUGGGAGAACCACCAGGUCACCUGAAGCCGCAGAUUAUUCAUUUGAGACCACUGAGAAAGCCACUAGAUCACCUGAAGCCACUAGCUAUUCAUAUGAGGCAAGUGCACAUUUUACUCCAGGAAAAUCGUUAGCAGAAUCCCGUCAAGAUGUUGAUUUAUGCCUUGUGUCAUCCUGCGAAUAUAAGCAUCCUAAAACCGAACUUUCACCCUCAUUUAUCAACCCUAAUCCCCUUGAGUGGUUUGCAAGUGAAGAACAAUCUCAAGACCAAGAAAAGCUGCUAACUCAGUCUGGGGGAGCCCAGCCACCCUCUGGGGGAAAGCAGCAAGGGCGGCAGUGUGAUGAGACCCCUCCAACUUCUGUGAGCGAAUCUGCCCCUUCUCAGACUGAUUCGGAUGUUCCUCCUGAGACUGAGGAAUGCCCUUCCAUCACUGCAGAUGCUAACAUUGACUCGGAAGAUGAGUCAGAAACCAUUCCAACAGACAAGACAAUUACAUACAGACACAUUGAUCCACCACCUGUCCCAAUGCAGGAUCGCAGUCCUUCCCCUAGGCACCCGGAUGUCUCCAUGGUUGAUCCAGAGGCUUUGCCUAUCGAUCAGAAUUUGGGUAAACCUUUGAAGAAAGAUCUUAAAGAAAAGACUAAAACAAAGAAAACAGGUACUAAGACCAAAUCAUCUUCUCCUGUUAAAAAAAGUGAUGGUAAAUCAAAACAAGUGGCUUCCCCAAAGCCAGCUGCAAAAGAUUCUUUGGAAAAAAGUUCCAAAACAGCUUCUCCAAAAAAGAAGGAGUCCGUGGAGAAGGCAAGCAAAAAUAUCUCUACUCCAGAAGUGAAGACCCGAGUGGAAGAGAAAGAUAAAGACACCAAGAAUGCCGUAAAUACAACAGCAUCCAAGUCAGCAAAGACCGCCACCACAGGACCUGGGACUACUAAGUCAGCAAAAUCUACAGCAGUGCCACCAGGACCUCCAGUGUAUUUGGAUCUGGUGUACAUUCCCAACCACAGCAAUAGCAAGAAUGUUGAUGUUGAGUUUUUCAAGAGGGUGCGAUCAUCCUACUAUGUGGUGAGCGGGAAUGAUGCUGCGGCUGAGGAGCCAAGCAGGGCUGUUCUGGACUCCCUGCUGGAGGGCAAGGCUCAGUGGGAGAGCAACAUGCAGGUGACCUUAAUCCCAACCCAUGACUCAGAAGUGAUGAGGGAAUGGUACCAAGAGACCCAUGAGAAACAGCAGGACCUCAACAUCAUGGUUUUGGCAAGCAGCAGCACUGUUGUCAUGCAAGAUGAAUCUUUUCCCGCAUGCAAGAUAGAACUGUAAGAACGGGCCGUGCAUCCCAACACUAAACUUCGUUUCCAGAAAUUCUUCCAUUUGAAAACACAUUUUCUAAAAGUUCGACCCAUCUAUUUCGACUGCUGAACUAUAUACCUGCCAAAUACUAUACUGUGUCAUGGUGAUGCAAGUCACUAAUAUUUUUCAGUCUUUGCUGAUUGCUAAGGGAAAUAACAGCAUUCCCAUAGUAGGGUUCAGAUUACUGCGAAAAUACAGAUCCAGUUUCAUCUCUGCUGAACUUUUGGAAACCAUGCACUAGCAACCCUAACUGACUUCUGCCAGGUAUAGGCGUUUGCCCUCUAAAGAGAGGGCAAAGUGAGAGAAAGAGAGGGGUAGGAGGAGAAAGUAAUAACUACUUAGAUCUGCAUUAGUCUCAUGGCAAUAGAUGUACCGCUUACUGCAGUCUGCUUAUGCUCUCGUAUGAAAAGAAAUUUUAAACUUUUUAUCUAUCUGAGCUAUCACAAUGGGGAUACUUACUUUACAAAGUCAAAUUAUCUAGAAAAUAAGAAGAAACAGAAUGUGUCUAGGAAGGGAUGUUCAACCUAAACUCUCAUUAGCAGUUUUUCACUUUAAUUUGAACUCUGCAUACUGACAUGCCAUAACAGUCAUAGGCCAAAUAUGCACAUUGUCUAAAUCCCAUCCAGAACUCUAAAACUUUCCUUUCAACAUGCAGAAUUGUUGGUCUAAGGCAUGCUCCCAGUGAAAGUCCAUUUACUCCACUCAGAAUUGACCAGUCCAUGUGCUUAAACACCCAUGUCAAGUGUUGAUUGACUGAAGCAAAAUACCAAAGCAGUUGGGAGUACAGUAGACAAUUUGCCUUAGAAAGUGACUUGAAUGUACAAAGAAACUUGAUGCACUUAUUUUUUACUGUUGAGACAGCAAAUUUAUAAAACAACCAUUUAGGAUCAUAGUUACACCAAUAAAGAAGUGUGAGUGUGGUACUAGAAACCUAUCCGGCUGGUCAAACAGUUUGGUGCUACGAAUUACGUAUGUUAGUCAUGUGAACACUUCAUUGUUGCACCUGGACAGCUCAACAAUGCAAGAUGACCUUUUUUUUUUUUUUUUUUUGAAAGUUUCUUUUGUACUGUGAAAGCAAGAUUGAAGGGGUAUCAGAGUUGCAGAACUUAGUGAAAUAUUCAGAAUGAUGAAAAGGUUGCCUGCGAGGCUGUACAGUAUUCAACCUUCCUUUGUCUUACCUUAUUUUAUUUGUUUAAUUUAAGAGUGAAUAUGGGAACAAAUGUACAGAAACCUUUUUUAGCAUUGCGUGAACUUUUAAUAGAUGAAUUUUUAACAAGAAGCUUUCAUUUACAGGAAAAUGCAAAGAAAAAUUUUCAGGUGAAGGCAAUUUUUUAGUAGUUUUGUAAGGUAAAUGAAUAAUGUUGUUUAAGGUUCUAGUGAGAAUGGAUAUUGAGGUAAAAUUAGUUGAAAAUCAUUAACUGCCAAAACUUUUUUUGAGGUGGGUGAGGGGGCAUUUUGAUGGUAAAAUUCAUCUAUUGACAAUAUCAAAAGAUAAGAUUUGCAAUGAUGAUUACCUAGCAUUUACAGAGAUGUAGGCUACAUUUUCAACCCUCAGAAGAUCUUGCAAGAUGAUAGAACAAGCAAUAAGCUAAAGUAGGUCCUUUUCCUUUCCUUCUCCUUUUGGUUCUGCCUUUCUCUUUUCCCCUUUCCCUUUCCUUUUCCUCUUUCCCUUUAC